CCCGCCCCGAGGGCGGUGCGGGGUUGUGGAGGGCGUUGCGAUGGGCGGGGAGCUCCAACUAAGGUGCUCCUGGAACCUUGGAUCCCGGACAGGUUUCGGAGCCCUCUCUCACAGCAGACCUCCAUUCGAAUAGUGCUCUGAGUGCUGUCUCAGGACCUCGGGCACACUCAUGGCACGAUGGCCGGCCCUCAGGAGCACCUGAGCUGCUCCUCCUCCCCGCGCGGACCCGUGAGUGAAAGCAAAACCUUCAGUGGACUACGAGAUGAGCUGGCCCCAGUGGGGAGCCACCCGUCACCCAAGCUCCCUAAGGACCAGCUGGAGAAGGGGGCGGUGCAAACGGAGCUAACCGAGGGUGUGCACAGCCCCGCGGCCACAACAGUGUUGACGAGUGUAAGCGAGGACUCCAGGGACCAGUUUGAGAACAGCGUCCUUCAGCUGAGGGAACAAGAUGAGUCAGACGUGGCCGUGUCGCAGGGGAACAGCAACACUGCAGACGGAGAGAGCGUGAGCGGAACUGAUGAUGUCAAGAUUCAGUUCAGCAGCUCAGGCAGCAGCGGUGGUGGGUUUCUGGAAGGACUGUUUGGAUGCUUAAAGCCUGUGUGGAAUAUCAUUGGGAAGGCGUAUUCCACUGAUUACAAAUUACAGCAGCAAGAUACUUGGGAAGUGCCAUUUGAGGAGAUCUCAGAGCUGCAGUGGCUGGGUAGUGGAGCCCAAGGAGCUGUCUUCCUGGGCAAGUUCCGAGCGGAGGAGGUGGCCAUCAAGAAAGUGAGAGAGCAGAAUGAGACGGAUAUCAAGCAUUUGAGGAAGCUGAAGCACCCUAACAUCAUCGCUUUCAAGGGUGUGUGUACUCAGGCCCCGUGCUAUUGCAUCAUCAUGGAAUACUGCGCCCACGGGCAGCUCUAUGAGGUGUUACGGGCUGGCAGGAAGAUCACACCUCGAUUGCUAGUAGACUGGUCCACGGGAAUUGCAAGUGGAAUGAAUUAUUUGCACCUUCACAAAAUUAUUCAUCGUGAUCUCAAGUCACCCAAUGUUUUAGUGACUCACACAGAUGCAGUAAAAAUUUCAGAUUUUGGUACCUCAAAGGAACUCAGCGAUAAAAGUACCAAGAUGUCCUUCGCUGGCACAGUCGCAUGGAUGGCACCAGAGGUGAUACGAAAUGAACCCGUCUCUGAGAAAGUCGAUAUAUGGUCUUUCGGCGUGGUGCUGUGGGAGCUGCUGACAGGGGAGAUCCCGUACAAAGACGUAGACUCUUCCGCCAUUAUUUGGGGUGUUGGAAGCAAUAGUCUACACCUUCCAGUUCCUUCCACUUGCCCUGAUGGGUUCAAAAUCCUUAUGAAACAGACAUGGCAAAGUAAACCUCGCAACCGACCUUCCUUUCGGCAGACGCUCAUGCAUUUAGACAUCGCGUCUAUGGAUGUUCUUGCCACGCCGCAAGAAACUUACUUCAAGUCUCAGGCUGAAUGGAGAGAAGAAGUAAAGAAACACUUUGAGAAGAUCAAAAGUGAAGGAACUUGCAUACACCGAUUAGAUGAAGAACUGAUCAGAAGGCGCAGAGAAGAGCUCAGGCAUGCUUUGGAUAUUCGCGAACACUAUGAGAGAAAACUUGAGCGGGCUAAUAAUUUAUACAUGGAGCUGAGCGCCAUCAUGCUGCAGCUGGAAAUGCGGGAGAAGGAGCUCAUCAAGCGCGAGCAAGCAGUGGAAAAGAAGUAUCCUGGGACCUACAAACGGCACCCUGUCCGUCCAAUAAUCCACCCCAAUGCCAUGGAGAAGCUCAUGAAAAGGAAAGGAGCGCCUCACAAACCCGGGGUGCAGACCAAACGGCCAGAUCUGUUGCGAUCUGAAGGUAUCCCCAGCAUGGAGGUGGCUCCCACUGCAUCCCCUCUCUCUGGAAGCCCCAAAACGUCCACCUCAAGCAGCAAGAGCCGAUACCGGAGCAAACCACGCCACCGCCGAGGGAAUAGCAGAGGCAGCCAUAAUGACUUUGCAGCAAUCUUGAAAAACCAGCCAGCCCAGGAAAACUCCCCCCACCCCAUUCAUCUGCACCAAGCUGAAUCCCAACCCCCUUCUCUGCAGCAGCAAUACCAGCAACCCCCUCCUGCCACGUCUCAGAGCCACCAUCCCAGGCUCAAUACGCAUGGACAGGACAUCGCGACCUGCGCCAACAACCUGAGGUAUUUUGGCCCCGCGGCAGCCCUGCGGAGCCCCCUCAGCAACCAUGCUCAAAGACAGAUGCCCGGCUCUAGCCCUGACCUCAUCUCUACCGCCAUGGCCACAGAUUGCUGGAGAAGCUCUGAGCCGGACAAGGGCCAGGCUGGUCCCUGGGGCUGUUGUCAGGCUGAUCCUUACGACCCCUGUGCACAGUGCAGACCGGAGCAGUGUGGGUCCUCGGAUGUUGUUCCCUUUGCUGAGCCAGCGGGGAGGAGCCCCGACCUUUUCAAGUCACCAGCACACAAUCUGCUCUCAGAACAUGCCCAAGGUUCUGAGAAAAUGGAAGAAAACGAAUUCAAUGGCUGUAGGUCUGCUUCAUCCCUUGGCGUCCCUCACCAUGUCACCCCGCCAGUGCUACCUCGAAAAGCAAGGCCCCUUCAAAAGAGUGGAGAUGAGUCCUCAGAAGAGGAAGAAGGAGAAGUGGACAGUGAAGUUGAAUUUCCACGAAGACAGAGGCCCCAUCGCUGUAUCAGAAGCUGCCAGUCAUAUUCAACCUUUAGCUCUGAGAAUUUCUCAGUGUCUGAUGGAGAGGAGGGAAAUACCAGUGAUCACUCAAACAGUCCUGAUGAGUUAGCUGAUAAACUUGAAGACCGCCUGGCAGAGAAGCUAGAUGACCUGCUGUCCCAGACGCCAGAGAUUCCCAUUGAGAUAUCCUCGCAUUCAGACGGGCUCUCCGACAAGGAGUGUGCCGUGCGCCGCGUGAAGACGCAGAUGUCUCUGGGCAAGCUGUGUGUGGAGGAACGUGGCUAUGAGAAUCCUAUGCAGUUUGAAGAAUCGGACUGCGACUCUUCAGAUGGGGAGUGUUCCGACGCCACAGUGAGGACCAGCAAGCACUACAGCUCUGCCACGUGGUAGCAAGGGAGCGCCCACCCCGAGGAUGUCACGACAGCACUGGCAUUGCAAAUCCGCCCCACCCCCGAUUCUUCCGCUCUCUCCCUGCUUUUUCGGUCUGGGAAGAGAGCUGCCCCAUCUUUCUUAUCCCUAGAAAUGAGCUGCAAUAACAGGAACAUGAGACUUCGCAAAUCUCUGGAAAAAAAAUAUCCAAAUGAGAUUAAGUCUCACUGAACAUUUCAAUCAAGAAUGGCAGGGAUCUAUUUUAUUGAAUAUUCUAGCUACUGUAACAUUGAUAUUUAUUUUUGUUUGACAUUUUAACACUUUGUACUGUAAAGAUUGAACUAUAUAUGAUAUAUAGAAAGAGACACAAUAAUUUCUUGCAAAAAAAGAGACAGAAAGAAAGGAGAAAAAAAAAGACAAGUGGAAUUUAGGAGCUACAUUCUUGGGAAUUUGUGGGGCCAAGAUGUAUUAUUGCUACUCGAACAGGGGACCAGUUCUUUUGACCAGAGUGACUGAAGAAGAGCCAGAGCAAGACGUGUUGAGCAUUUUAGGAAACAAGAACAACAAGGGAGAAGCCACCCCAGGUAACCUGUGAUCAGACCACAGUAGAUUCGACCAGCUCAUCCGAUGAGCGAUAGAAAUGACCUAGAAAAGCCUGGUGACCAUAUACUUGCACCCAAGGUCUCUGAGGCCAUGGGCUGCCUCUAGGUGGGAAAGAAAACUGUGUGUGUGAAAACUGGUUUCAUUUUUUUAAACUUUUAAGCAGCAUUUGGUUGCAAGGACUUACAGAUAGAGUCAAACCUUCCCCAACAAAUACUCACCUUUUACAUGCUGUCAUUGUCAUUACCUUGACCAAUGUGCCAUUUUCUUGUAGCCAUUUCCUUUCCACCCGUUGACCACUUCGAUCAGGAAAGAGGGGAGGGCUGCGGAGGAGAGAGGGACGAGAGAAAAUGGAAACUGACAGCGGUGUCAGAGAAGCACGUGCGAAGUCUGUGCCGGUGCGUUGUCGGGCGCCCCUCUCUGGAACCGGGUUGCUUGUCUACUAGAAUCGUAUUGAUUCAAACAGGAGAACAGACUUCGAAGGCAGCUAGGACAUAUGUGAGUCUCCCUGGUGUCCAAUCCCAAACCAUCCCCUGGUGUUACUCAUUAACUCCUUCUAUCCUGUAAGCUUUAGUGCCUGGCUACCGCUAUCAGAAUAAAGGCAAAAUAAGCAACUUGCAAAAGGCAACACCUGCCCCGGCCACCACCACAAUAGCAUUUUUCGUUAAAUGCUAUUUGUAAAAUACAUUUUCCUUCUCUUUGGGUCAGUGCAGUUUUAAAUAAUUGGAUUGGGCAGUUCAUGGGAAGAACAGCUGAUGCUGAGCAGCAGUUAGGAAGAUGUCGCCUGGCCCAAGGCAUGAGGUCCUUCCCAUCCAGGGUCACGGGCUCUGAAAAGCAUCCCAAAGUACUCCAUGGUACCUCAGCUUUAAGCUAAUUUUUCUGUAGAAUUUUACACAAAAACAGGUGUUGGCCUAGUUCCUGUCUCUGUCAAACAAUGUCUCCAGGCUCAGAUCUACAGAAGGUGGCCGCACUCGGGCACAGCAGCACGCCCACCCUUAGGGCAGACUUGUGUGUACAGGGACAGACCAUUCCCCUCGAGGACGGAGCACUGCCCGCCCCAGCGCCACUGGCUGCAUCGGCCGAACAGGAAAGGCAGGAGGGAAUUCAGAGCAGUUCCUUUUGCUUAUUUGACCCCUCCUUUUGUUUACAAUUUAUGUUGAGAUAGUAAUUUAAAAUUUAGUGUCUAUAAUUUAUAGAUCUUAGGAAAAUGAAGGAAAAAUGUUUAACUUAUACAGAGAGCAGUAUUGUUUGCAUUAAAUUAUUCCAUUUUGUAUAAAUUCUGUAGCUGGACUACAUGAAAGAUCUUAAGUUAUGACAUUAUUAUCAUUGUUAUUUUAUUUUAUAAUAAUUAUUCUCAUUUUCUGUCGAUCAGAAGGUGUGGUUUACAAUGUAGCACAAUGAUUGUGUUUAUUGCUAACCAUGAGUUAUCACGAAUUUUUAUGAUUUUUAUGAAAAUGGAACUGCCCCUCGGGAGCUCUCCCAUGUUCCCCGUACGCACACCCCUCGUCCUCUGUGUUCCGCAACAAUCACCCGAGGACGCACGUUCUGCCCCGGAGCCCGGUGGGUGCGUGGUGAUGCCAUUUACCCCAACAGCGCCUGGGCGGGCAGAUGGCCGAGUGGAUGGACAAAGAGUUCAAAAGCUGUAACCUUUCUCAAGUUUCUUAAGAAAUAAAAUCAUGAGACUACA